GUCACUUGACGAUUAACGUCCCUUAUUGGUCCCGGGAGCAGAUGGAGAAGUCCUAAUGAGAAGGAGCCGGUUGGGCCGUAAACACCUCCGGUCGUCGCCGCUCCACAGAUCUCGUGCGGCGGGAGUCGAAGGACCGGACUCUCGUUUCGUUCUUCACCUCCUCCUCUUCUUCAUCCUCCCUCCACUUUCAGACUGCAUGUUCAGCCACACCGCCUCGCUGUGCGUCUUCAGCCCGGACGAGCAUGGACAGUCGGGUAAUCGAGCACUCUCACACCCAGUUCGGAGGAUCUCUGGGCGGACUGGUGGGGUUCCCCUACCCGCUCGGCCCCCACCACCACCAGCACCAGCACGUCUACGAUCUCGGUGGCGGACAUCAGCUGCAGUCGGUGGCCGCCAUCCCCUUCUCCAUAGACGGAUUACUUAACGGCUCGUGCUCGGCGUCGGUGGUGAGAUCCAGUCCGCUGCUGUCGACCGACAGUCCGCAGUUCAAACUGUCAGAUUCCGGCGAUCCGGAUAAGGACAGUGCGGGUUGCAAACGCAGACGCACGCGGACGAACUUCACCGGCUGGCAGCUGGAGGAGCUGGAGAAGGCUUUCAACGAGAGUCACUAUCCGGACGUGUUCAUGCGGGAGGCGCUGGCGCUCAGGCUGGACCUGGUGGAGUCCAGGGUCCAGGUUUGGUUCCAAAACCGACGAGCCAAAUGGAGAAAAAAGGAGAAUACGAAGAAGGGUCCGGGGCGGCCUGCUCACAACUCCCACCCAACCACAUGCAGCGGUGAGCCCAUGGACCCGGAAGAGAUCGCACGCAGGGAGCGCGAGCGAGCAGAGAAGAAGAAACGGAAGCAGGAGCGGAAGCUGCUGAAGUCCCAGAACAAACUUCUCCCAGGUGACAAUUUCCACACACCCGGAGGUUCCGAGAGUGACAGUGGUGUGUCCCAGUUCACAGACAGUGAACAGCAGCCAUCGAAUGUCAACGGGUCGAUCCACAUCGAACUGCCGGCGACGAAGGGUUCAGGAGGACGGCACCAAACAGAAUGCAGUUCUGACCAAACGUCGCACAACUUCUGCCAACUCCAAAACCACCAAAACCAAAGAACCAUGGGCGAGUCGGAGCUGGCGUCUCCGGGAAGCAUGCACAGCUCCAGUCCCGCAGGUCUGAGAUCCUCGGCCCUGCAGAAACGAAACCCUUUUAGUGUAGAGAGCCUUCUCUCUGAUGCUACACCGAGACGGAAAUCUCAGCUGGACUUCCCUUCUCUGUCCAAUCAGAGGACACUUGUAGGUAAAGGGCACUUCUUGCUUUACCCCAUUACCCAUCAGCCCUUGGGUUUUCUUGUGCCCCAAACUGCCACGAAAGCCUCACCAUGCCAGGACAACGUCAAUGGCCUCAACCUAGAACAAAGGUGUGUGCCAAGCGAAGGGAGCCCUGCUCCAUCUGACCUUUCCAGCUUCAAUGCUGCCACUAAGCCUCUAAACUCAGAUCAUAUGGCGCACAAUAACCACCACAAUCACGUUAGCAAAAGAGCAGACGGAACGGACUCGAAGGAGUGUGGGGACUUUAGUAUCAUUGGACUCCCUGUUUCCUCACCGCUAAAUGCUCUGCGGACGAGCUCUCGGCCCGGCGACGACCAAAGGAGUUCGAAAGUUCCAGCUGAAGGACCGGCUGAGGGCUGCCAAGCCGCUGAGCCACGUGCGAAGGAGAAGGCUGCGAGAGACGAGCGCGGGUCUGCAGACCUCGCUGAGCAUCUUGAGGCUAACACAGACUGUUGAGAAACACCCGGAACAGAUGGCGAGGAUGUUGAUAUGGACUAACACUUGCAAGGAGCAAGCAUAAACAAAGGACCAAGAAGACCGCUCAGACUAUUCCAACAUUCCCAAAGCUCUGCUGAAACAUAUCAGGAAUCAGGAGACUUCAUUCUUGUCUAUUUUCUAAUGGUGAAUCAAUCCAGAUAGGCCCUAAAGUGUGGUCACCUUUAUGUUUAGGCCUUUAGCAGCAGCAGGUUUUUCUUUUAGUGACCAACAAUACACGCACAAGAAAAAAAAAUCUCAGAUAUUGUGCAGACCAGAAUAUUUAUAUGUAAACGUUUUGAUAAAUAAAGUUAUUGCUCACACUGA